AUGGAAUGGUCAUGGGAUGGGCAUGGGAUGGGCAUAGGAUGGGCAUGGGAUGGGCAUGGGAUGGGCAUGAGAUGGGCAUGGGAUGGGCAUGGGAUGGACAUGGGAUGGGCAUGGGAUGGGCAUGGGAUGGGCAUGGGAUGGGCAUGGGAUGGGCAUGGAAUGGACAUGGGAUGGGCAUGGGAUGGGCAUGGGAUGGGCAUGAGAUGGGCAUGGGAUGGGCAUGGGAUGGGCAUGGGAUGGGCAAGGGAUGGGCAUGGGAUGGGCAUGGGAUGGACAUGGGAUGGACAUGGGAUGGGCAUGGGAUGGGCAUGGGAUGGACAUGGGAUGGACAUGGGAUGGGCAUGGGAUGGGCAUGAGAUGGGCAUGGGAUGGGCAUGGGAUGGGCAUGGGAUGGGCAAGGGAUGGGCAUGGGAUGGGCAUGGGAUAGGCAUGGGAUGGGCAUGGGAUGGUCAUGGGAUGGGCAUGGGAUGGGCAUGGGAUGGGCAUGGGAUGGGCAUGAGAUGGGCAUGGGAUGGGCAUGGGAUGGACAUGGGAUGGGCAUGGGAUGGGAUGGGCAUGGGAUGGGCAUGGGAUAGGCAUGGGAUGGGCAUGGGAUGGGCAUGGGAUGGGCAUGGGAUGGGCAUGGGAUGGACAUGGGAUGGACAUGGGAUGGGCAAGGGAUGGGCAUGGGAUGGGCAUGGGAUAGGCAUGGGAUGGGCAUGGGAUGCAUGGGAUGGGCAUGGGAUGGGCAUGGGAUGGGCAUGGGAUGGGCAUGGGAUGGGCAUGGAAUGGUCAUGGGAUGGGCAUGGGAUGGGCAUAGGAUGGGCAUGGGAUGGGCAUGGGAUGGGCAUGAGAUGGGCAUGGGAUGGGCAUGGGAUGGACAUGGGAUGGGCAUGGGAUGGGCAUGGGAUGGGCAUGGGAUGGGCAUGGGAUGGGCAUGGGAUGGGCAUGGGAUGGGCUUGGGAUAGGCAUGGGAUGGGCAUGGGAUGGGCAUGGGAUGGGCAUGGAAUGGUCAUGGGAUGGGCAUGGGAUGGGCAUAGGAUGGGCAUGGGAUGGGCAUGGGAUGGGCAUGAGAUGGGCAUGGGAUGGGCAUGGGAUGGACAUGGGAUGGGCAUGGGAUGGGCAUGGGAUGGGCAUGGGAUGGGCAUGGGAUGGGCAUGGGAUGGGCAUGGGAUGGGCAUGGGAUGGGCAUGGGAUGGGCAUGGGAUGGGCAUGGGAUGGACAUGGGAUGGGCAUGGGAUGGGCAUGGGAUGGGCAUGGGAUGGCGCUGCAGCUUGUACUCUAUGGAGUCCACCGUCCAUGUCGCCUGCCUGCCCCCGUCCACAAUUUUAG